AUGCCACCAAAUGUUGUGGACCCAGGAUAUAGACCAUACAUAGUUGCACACAACCUCAUUAAAGCCCAUGCCAAGGCCUACCAUACAUAUGACGACAAAUAUCGCCAGUCGCAGGGUGGUCUAAUCUCCAUAGCCCUCAACGCUGAUUGGUUUGAACCUGCUGAUGUCAACGUAGUCCGUGAAGUGGUGACUGCUGACCGGGCGAUGCAAUUCCAACUGGGAUGGUUUGCACAUCCUAUUUUUAAGAAUGGUGACUAUCCUGAUGCACUGAAGUGGCAAGUUGGGAACAAAAGUGAAAUCCAAAGUCUUCCACAGUCAAGACUUCCUUCCUUUACUGAAGAAGAAAAGAACUUCAUCAAGGGAACUGCUGACGUAUUCUGUGUAAAUCAUUACACUACAAGGGUAGUGAGCUAUUUUACAGCUGCACUUCAGCCUCACUCCUAUGAAUGGGACCGAGACAUGAGAGAAUCAGAGGAACCCAGUUCACCAACUACAGCCAUUCCUAACCAAAAAGCUGUGGCCUGGGGCUUGAGGAGACUCCUCAACUGGAUCAAGGAGGAGUAUGGUGAUCCAGAGAUUUAUAUUACUGAGAAUGGAGCAGCAGUAGAAUGGGACGACUUUGAAAGAGUAAUGUUCUACAAGACCUAUAUCGAUGAGGCUCUCAAAGCCAAUAACCUUGAUGGUGUGCGGUUGCGAGGAUACACAGCAACAGCUUUUAUGGAUUCUUUUGAGUGGCUGCACGGGUACAAAUUUCUAUUUGGGCUGCACCAUGUGGACUUCACAAACCCAGAUCGUCCAAGAACACCAAAGUACUCAGCUCAUUACUAUUACAACAUCAUAAAGGAUAAUGGUUUCCCCUUGCCAGAUGAUGAGAAGAUGCUUUAUGGUCACUUCCGAGAGGAUUUCAUGUGGAGUUCUGCUUCAGCAUCAUACCAAAUUGAAGGAGGAUGGAGGGCAGAUGGAAAAGGUCUAAGCAUCUGGGACAAGUUCGCUCACAGUCCUUCCAAAAUAUUAAAUGAUGACAAUGGGGACAUAGCCUGUGACAGUUACAAUAAAAUAGAAGAGGAUGUUGCGAUAUUAAAGCAGCUGAAAGUCAGCCAUUAUCGUUUCUCCUUAUCCUGGCCAAGAGUCCUUCCUGAUGGCACCAUUAAUAACAUUAACGAGGCUGGAAUCAAGUACUACCAAAGACUUUUGGACGCACUGCAUGCUGCAAAUAUCCAGCCACAGGUUACUCUGUACCACUGGGACCUGCCACAAGCUAUAGAGGAUUAUGGAGGCUUUUUGAAUGAGAACUUUAUUAAGCUUUUCACGGACUAUGCUGACCUCAUGUUUGACCGUCUUGGUGACAAGGUGAAAAUUUGGAUCACCUUUAAUGAACCAAUCAUGACAGCCAACCAUGGAUAUGGCUUUGGAAGCUUUGCCCCAGGAAUCAGUUCAGGACCAGACACUCUGCCCUACAUUGUUGGUCACAACCUGAUUAAAGCUCAUGCCGAGGCCUGGCAUCUCUACAAUGACAAGUACAGGGCCAAACAGAACGGCAUAAUCUCCAUCACUGUCAACUCUGACUGGUCUGAACCCAGAAAUCCUUAUAGGCAGGAGGACUAUGACGCUGCAAGACGUGUGGUGGAGUUCUACCUUGGCUGGUUUGCCCAUCCCAUAUUUAAUGGUGACUACAGUGAAAUUAUGAAGAAAAGAAUACGUGACCGAAGUCUAGCUGCUGGUCUACCACAGUCUCGGUUGCCUGAGUUCACUCCAGAGGAGAUUAAGAGAAUUAAGGGCACUCAUGACUUCUUUGGACUAAACCAUUACACAUCUGUGCUGGCAUUCCCUGUGGACCACGGAGAUGCUCAAAGCAUUGAGGCAGAUAAGGGUGCCAUGGGAGUUUCUGAUCGUACCUGGCUGGAUACAGGCUCCUCCUGGCUGAAGAUUGCACCAUUUGGUAUCCGCAGAUUGCUGAACUUCAUUAAGAAUGAAUAUGGAAAUCCACCAAUUGUAAUCACUGAGAAUGGAGUUUCAGAGCGGGGGACUGUUGAUCUAAAUGAUGUUCACAGGAUUUACUACUAUGAUCAAUACAUCAACGAGGUGUUGAAAGCCUAUAAAGUUGAUGGUGUGACUGUGAAAGGAUACACUGCAACCUCUCUAAUGGAUUCUUUUGAGUGGCUAAAUGGGUACAAUGUUGGAUUUGGCCUGCACCACGUGGACUUCAGUAGCCCAAAUCGGUCAAGAACACCCAAGUACUCAGCUCAUUUCUAUUAUAACAUCAUAAAGGAUAAUGGUUUCCCAUUGCCAGAUGAUGAGAAGGUACUUUAUGGACAUUUUCGAGAUGAUUUCAUUUGGAGUACUGCCACAGCAUCAUACCAGAUUGAAGGGGGGUGGAGAGCUGAUGGCAAAGGUCUCAGUAUUUGGGACAAGUUUGCUCACACUCAUCUCCGAAUCUCCAAUGAUGACAAUGGGGACAUAGCUUGUGACAGUUACAAUAAAGUAGAAGAGGAUGUUGCCAUAUUAAAGCAACUCAAGGUGACCCAUUAUCGAUUCUCCAUAUCAUGGUCAAGGGUCCUUCCUGAUGGUACCACCAACUACAUUAAUGAGGCUGGACUCAAUUACUACCACAGACUGGUGGAUGCACUGAUUGCUGCAAACAUUCAGCCUCAUGUCACUCUGUACCACUGGGACCUUCCACAAGCCCUGCAGGAUAUUGGGGGAUGGGAAAAUGACACUAUUGUUACCAAAUUCAGAGAUUAUGCUGACUUCAUCUUUGACAGACUUGGCCACAAAGUGAAAUUUUGGAUAACUAUUAACGAACCCUACAAUGUAGCCAUGAUAGGACAUGGUUAUGGAGUAGGUGCCCCAGGGAUCAGUUUCCGACCAGGUACUCUGCCCUACAUUGUUGGUCACAACCUGCUUAAAGCUCAUGCUGAGGCCUGGCAUAUUUACAAUGACAAGUACAGGGCCAAACAGAAUGGAAUUAUCUCCAUCACAAUUAACUCUGACUGGUCUGAACCCAGAAAUCCUUAUAAGCAAGAGGACUAUGAUGCUGCAAUACGCGCCAUUCAGUUCUACAUUGGCUGGUUUGCCCAUCCUGUAUAUAAUGGCGACUACAAUGACAUAAUGAAGACAGUCAUUCGUGAGCGAAGCCUUGCUGCUGGUCUGUCAGAAUCUAGGCUGCCUGAGUUCACUCCGGAGGAGGUUAAAAGAAUUAAAGGCACUUAUGAUUAUUUUGGGUUCAACUAUUACACCACUGUCCUAACAUUCCCUGUGGACUAUAAGAACCUUCAGCACUAUGAUGGAGACAAGGGUGCAGGGUCAACUGUUGAUCUCACCUGGCUGGAUUCAGGUUCAGGCUGGCUGAAAGUCACACCAUUUGGAUUCCGCAGAAUACUUAAUUUUAUCAAGGAGGAAUAUGGAAAUCCACCAAUUAUUAUCACCGAGAAUGGCAUCUCAGAGCGGGGCACUGUUGAUCUAAAUGAUACUCACAGGAGCCACUACUACGAAAAAUACAUCAACCAGGCGUUAAAAGCUUACUUACUAGAUGGUGUAGACAUCCGUGGCUACACAGCUUGGUCACUGAUGGACAACUUUGAGUGGGCUAAAGGCUUUUCAGAGAGAUUUGGGUUUUUUUACGUGAAUCAUUCAGACCCUAAUAUUUCUCGAGUAGCUAAGAAAUCUGUUUCCGACUACUCUAAAAUCAUAACCUGCAAUGGAUUCCCUCACCCUGCGUCAGGACACGAGUGCUUGAAUCCUGUGGAAGAAACAGCACCACCAAUCACUGACAACAAUGCCACUGUGAGGUUCCUUGGUAUGGAGCUCUCAGUCCGCAAUGCUGAGACCGGACUUAAUGUCACAUUUGCUCUUCUGAUUGUUGCAAUGUUUGGAGCUUGUCGCAGGAGGUUGGAGCCUAUCCCAGCGGCCAUAGGUGCGAGAGGCAGGAUACACCCUGGACAGGCCGGCAGCCUGGCACAGGGCUAA